AUGAGUGAAAAUGAGAGCGUUUCCAAUGAUUGUUCAAGAAAUGACUACAGUGACCAGCGACAAGCAGUGUCCCGAUAUGGAGAAAAGGAGAACUCUCGCAGUAUGACCAAUUCACCCCCCGAUGCACUCCAAUCGAAAGAACGAUUUGACGCUCUUGUACGGGAUCGGGACUCACUACGUGCUGAGGUGACGGACAUGCGGAGGUCUUUAGAAGAAAUACAAUCUAAGCAUCGAGCGGACAUGGAAGCUCUACAGCACAAACUGAACGAUGCAGAGGGCAAAAAAGAGCACGCGGAAUCACAGUUCCAGAAGCUAUUGGAGCGUGUUAAUACAAUCAAGUCGCAGCUAGGUGAACGACUCAAAGAAGACGCUGAGGAACUUGCUCAAGCUAGGUUGAAAAUCGGGGAGCUGGAGGAGCAGAACUCAGCGCUGAAAGAGAAUUUCCAGGUGAAAUGCUCUGAGCUGACAGAGCUCUCGGAAGCGAAUGAACACAAGUUGAAGGAGAUAUCAACAUUACGAGACCGGACGAACUUGUCACAACAGAACUGGCUGAAGGAGAAGGAAGAACUAUUAGAGCAACAAUCAUAUCUUCAAUCCGAAUUCGAACAAGCUAAGGAGGCUAUGCACAACUGGGAAGUUCUAGCUAUGGAAGAGCGGUCUAUCAGGGAAACUCUAGGCGAGAAAGUUGUAGACCUUGAGGAGCAGCUUGCUAGCCUCAAAGAUGCCUAUGAAAGAACAUCCGAUGAACGCGAUUCUCAACUAGCCGCCGUGGAUGGGUUACAGCGAGCCUUGCAGGAAAUCCAGACCGCUCGCAGAAAAGAACUUCGUGAGCUCGUAGAGAGCUCAGACGCUCAACUUGAAGAAUUAAAACAGGCCCUUCAUUGUGCGGAGGAAAAGGCGUUGGACGCUGAUAAAGCUCUCCGAAGUGCACAGAAAGAACUGGAGAGAGUGGGGCCGUUUGAGAAAGAAGUAAAGGAAAAGAAUCUCCUCAUUGGCAAACUCAGACAUGAGGCAGUGACACUGAACGAUCACUUGACCAAGGCCUUGAGAUUUCUCAAGAAAGGGAAACCUGAGGAUAAUGUUGACAGGCAUAUUGUUACGAACCACUUUCUACAUUUCCUUGCUCUUGAUCGGUCAGACCCAAAGAAAUUUCAGAUAUUGCAACUUAUUUCGGCUCUUUUAGGUUGGACAGAUGAACAGCGAGAACAGGCUGGUCUAGCACGCCCAGGAACUUCAGGUACCUCUAACAAGCUUAGAGUCCCAAGUACACCUAUUCAUCUAGUGGUAUCGGGCCCCUCUGGUGCUGGAAAAUCAACUCUACUAAAACGACUGUUUGCUGAUUAUCCUGACACCUUUGGUUUUUCUCUAACCAUUUGCUUACCGAGUGCAGACACCACCAGAGCUCCACGGCCGGGCGAGCAGCACGGGCGCGAAUAUUAUUUUACAACAACAGCGGACUUCCUGGACCUUGUGAGCAAAAAUGGAUUCAUUGAGCAUGCGCAGUUUGGAGGGAACUACUAUGGUACCAGUGUCCAGGCCGUGAAAGAUAUUGCAGAGAAGGGUAGGAUUUGUAUCCUCGACAUUGAGAUGGAGGGCGUGAAGCAAGUGAAGCGUACCGACCUGAACGCUCGUUUUAUGUUCCUCGCCCCGCCAUCGGUUGAAGAACUAGAACGGAGGUUGCGAGGUAGAGGUACUGAGUCCGAAGAGAGCUUGAGUAAACGCUUAGCACAGGCCAAAAAUGAGCUCGAGUAUGCCAAGGAGCCCGGCGCACAUGACAAGCUAGUUGUCAAUAACGUUUUGGAAGAGGCCUAUACUGAGUUGAGGGACUGGAUUGUCGACAGUGGUAGAUUCGGCGCCUAG